AGAGAAAAAAUAUCAAGGUAUUGCAUCUUGGAGAAAUGGCUGUUACUUGUUUGGAUAUCACAUGCCUAUGUACCUUUCUUAUAAGCACGGUAUUUGGCUAUACUUUGUCUUCAGACACUGAGAUAACAGUUAAUCCUCCUCAGGAUUUUGAGAUAGUGGAUCCUGGAUAUUUAGGUUAUCUCUAUUUGCAAUGGCAACCUCCACUGUCUCUGGAUAAUUUUAAGGAAUGCACGAUAGAAUAUGAAUUAAAAUAUCGAAACACUGAUAGUAAAAGAUGGAAGACCAUUAUUACUAAGAAUCUACAUUACAAAGAUGGGUUUGAUCUUAACAAGGGCAUCGAAGCAAAAAUACACACAGUUUUGCCAGGGCAAUGCACAAAUGGAUCAGAAGUUCAAAGUUCGUGGUUAGAAGCUACUUACUGGAUAUCAUCACAAGGAAAUCUGGAAACUAAAAUUCAAGAUAUGGAUUGUGUAUAUUACAAUUGGCAAUAUUUAAUCUGUUCUUGGAAACCUGGCAUGGGUGUGCAUUUUGAUACCAAUUACAACUUGUUUUACUGGUAUGAAGGCUUGGAUCAUGCAUUACAAUGUGCUCAUUACAUCAAGGCUAAUGGAAAAAAUAUUGGAUGCAGGUUUCCCUAUUUGGAGUCAUCAGACUAUAAAGAUUUCUAUAUUUGUGUUAAUGGAUCAUCAGAAUCCAAGCCUAUCAGAUCCAGCUAUUUCAUUUUUCAGCUUCAAAAUAUAGUUAAGCCUUUGCCACCAGACUAUCUCCAUCUUACUUUGAUGAAUUCAUAUGAAAUUAACUUGAAAUGGAGUAUGCCUGGAGGACCUAUUCCAGCACGGUGUCUCAUUUAUGAAGUUGAGAUCACAGAAGAUGACACUAAAUGGGUGACUACCACAGUUGAACCUGAAAUAAUACACAUCAUGAGAAAUAAAAGCCAACAAUUAUGCUUCUUAGUAAGAAGCAAAGUGAAUAUUUAUUGCUCAGAUGAUGGAGUUUGGAGUGAGUGGAGUGAUAAACAAUGUUUGGAAGGUGACAGACAGACAAAAAUUUUGCUAUCAUUCUUGGUACCAUUUGUUUCUGUCUCAUUAAUUUCUUUGUUAAUGAGUUAUCUGGUUUACUAUUGUCCAAAAACUUCGCUGAAAAUGAUUUGUCACACAAAAAAGGAAGUUUUUUCUCAUCAAGAGACACUCUGUUGAUGCACCAAUUUCCAGUCAUAUU